AUGAAGGACAUUUUGACUCGUGCUGGUAUGGCUGACUGCAAACCACUAGCAACCCCUGCGGCGGUAAACCAACCGGUUUCACCAUCUGAUGAAGUGUAUUACAAUCCGACUCAGUAUCGGCGCAUAGUAGGGGCACUACAGUAUUUGACCAUUACAAGGCCGGACCUGUCCUAUGCGGUCAAUCACCUGUGUCAGCUCAUGCACUCACCGACAAAUGAUCAUUGGGGCUUAGUGAAGCGUGUGCUACGUUACAUCAGAGGCACUUUGGACUAUGGAUUGCGGUUAUUCGUCUCUGGUUCCUCAGUUAUUCAUGCCUAUUCUAACUCCGAUUGGGCAGGAUGCCCGCUAGAUAGGAAAAGCACUGGUGGCUACGCUGUUUUUUUACGGACCAAUUUGGUUUCCUGGUUGUCCCGUAAGCAGCGCACGGUUGCAUGCUCGUCGACGGAAGCCGAGUACAAGGCCCUUGCUGAUGUGUCUGCUGAGGUCACGUGGAUUAUGUCUUUACUACGCGAGUUAGGGCUUCACUCUGGGGAUCCGCCCACGCUAUGGUGUGACAACUUAAGGGCUACCUACUUAUGUGCUAAUCCGGUCUUUCACGCCAAAACCAAACAUGUAGAGAUUGAUUUCCAUUUUGUCCGGGACAAGGUCGCAUCUGGAGAACUGCGGGUGAAUUAUGUGUCUAUCAAAGAUCAGCUAGCAGAUAUUUUCACCAAACCAUUGCCGGGCCCGAGAUUUGCAGCUCUUCGUGACAAGCUUAAUGUUGUGGCUCACCACCCUUAA